CUUAUCAGCGUGCCUAAAAUCAGAUCUCCAAGCCAAACUUCCAUCCAUUCUUCUCAAGGAGAAACUCUCCACAAUCACAUAACAGCCAAACUUCCUCCACCCAUUCUCACUUGUAAUCUCUUCUACCCUCUCCACUCUCGCAUCCAUUUCAUCCCCAUUAACCCAUCCUCCCUGCCUCUAAAACUCAUCUCAUAUUCUGAACGAUUGCUGAACUCAAACCUACACUCACCACUUUCUUGCUAUGUGGGUUAUAAGCUUUGAACCAGGUGAACCCGGUACGGCCAUUCCUAUCGUCCUUCACCAUUGUUCAGUAUAUAGGGGUCUGCUUUCAGUAUAUAGGGGUUUACCAGUCCGACAGAAGACUGAUCUUAAAGAGUUGUUAAGUUGGAGGUCUCCAAUGGCGGACUUGGUGGUGAAAAAUGCCAAGAUAUACACCAGUGACGAGUCUCUCCCUUUCGCCGAUUCCAUGGCCGUCCGCAGCGGAAGGGUUCUGCGAGUGGGCAACUACUCCUCUAUUAAGGAUAUGGUUGGAGAUGGGACCAAGGAGUUAGAUCUUAUGGGAAAAAUUGUUGUACCUGGAUUUAUUGAUUCCCACGUGCAUCUGAUUUCUGGUGGACUCCAGAUGGCGCGUGUGGAACUACGAGGCGUAAGUCAAAAAGAUAAAUUUGUGAGGCGGGUCAAAGAAGCAGUGAGAAAUACAAAUCAAGGUUCCUGGAUUUUGGGUGGUGGAUGGAACAAUGAUCUUUGGGGAGGGGAAUUGCCAAUGGCCUCUUGGGUUGACGACAUCACACCUUACAAUCCUGUUUGGCUGUCGAGGAUGGAUGGCCAUAUGGGCUUGGCUAAUUCAGUUGCACUCAAGUUGGCUGGGAUUACAACUUCAUCAGAAGAUCCAAAUGGUGGAACAAUUGUGAGAUUCACCAGCGGAGAACCUACUGGAUUGCUGAUUGAUUCUGCAAUGAAACUUCUCCUUCUAUCCAUUCCGGAGGUGUCAGUAGAGGAGCGGAGGGAAGCUUUGAGUAGAGCCAGCAAUCAUGCCUUGAUGAGGGGUGUGACAACAGUUGUUGAUGUUGGUAGAUACUUUCCUGGGGCAUCGGUGAAGCAUUCCUGGGAAGAUUUUUCAGAUGUUUAUAAAUGGGCUGAUUCUUCAGGGAAGAUGAUGAUUAGGGUCUGCUUAUUUUUUCCAUUGGAGACUUGGUUACAGUUACAUAAUCUUAUUACCAAAGUUGGCCGUACCAUGAGCCAAUGGAUUUACUUGGGUGGUGUUAAAGCUUUUGCUGAUGGGUCGUUGGGUUCUAAUAGUGCACUGUUUUAUGAGCCAUAUGCUGAUGAGCCUCAUAAUUAUGGCUUACAAGUGAUAGAUAAUGAAAGUCUCCUCAACCUGACCUUGGCUUCAGAUAGAGUUGGGCUUCAGGUUGCUAUUCAUGCUAUAGGUGAUAGAGCAAAUGACUUGAUCCUUGACAUGUAUGAGUCAGUGUUUUCUACAAAUGGAGUGAGGGAUCGAAGAUUCAGGAUUGAGCAUGCCCAGCAUCUGGCACCUGAGACACCAGCCCGAUUUGGUAAACUAGGGAUUGUUGCUUCAGUACAGCCAGAGCACCUAUUAGAUGAUGCUGAGUCUGCAACAAAAAAACUUGGGAUAGAUAGGGCUCAGAAGGGAUCUUAUUUGUUCCGGUCUCUCUUGGCUAGCAAUGGACAAUUGGCAUUUGGUUCUGACUGGCCUGUGGCAGAUAUUAAUCCAUUAGGUGGCAUUAAGACAGCAAUGAAAAGGAUACCCCCUGGUUGGGAUAUUGCUUGGAUUCCCUCAGAGACCCUUUCAUUGAAUGACACAUUGAAGGCGUUCACUCUUUCAGCUGCUCGUGCAUGCUUUCUUGACAGCGACUUGGGGUCCCUGUCGCCAGGGAAACUAGCAGAUUUUGUCAUACUGUCCAGGGACUCAUGGGAUGAUGUCGUGGUUGAAGGAUCUGCAUCCAUUGAAGCUACAUAUGUUGGUGGUGUACAGGCCUAUCCCUGAAAGCCUAUAAUCUUGAAGAUAAAUUACACUUUCUACAGAAAACAUAGGCUUAAGACAAGAGGGAAUAGCCCAACAUUUUAGGUUUAUAUAGUGAGCGGAAGUAGUAUGCAUAUGAUGUCUUUUGAAAAGUACUCUAGAAGAUGAUGUAGUCUAUAUGAGGGAUCAAAGGUUUGUAUGAUUUGCACAAUAUAACACAUUGAGCUAGGAAACGUUUCAGAUUCUGCUUGAAAAUCAACUUUU